UCCCCCGUUUUACGUACAUUUCCGGACGCCCAGUCUGCACGGCUGCCGCCGAAUUUAAAGAGACAGGGGUUCAUUAGUAAUUUUUAAUAAUUUUAAACCAUUGUGUAAGACCUACUUUCCACUGAUUUUGGGUCUGGGGAAAAAACAGUAACGUGGGAGGAGCUACGUGGUAGCUAACCGAGGAAUGGCGUUUUGAACAAAGUGGUGCCGAUAAAACUCAAUUUGCCGUCGCCUCGGCCCUAGCUGGCUAGCUAACGGCAGCCGUAGCUUUCUUUCAGCUCGCUGGCGAGGGAGAGCUAACUGGCUAAUCCGGAGCCGAGCGGGAGGAGCAGGGGGGGCUGAAGAGACAAUGGCGAAAAUACAGACGCACGGCACCAUGAAGCAGAUGAGCCAAGUGCAGGACAAGGCGUACGUGGUGCAGAAACAGGUCCAGCAGCAGCACUUCCAGAAGCUGAAGGUGGAAGAUGCCCUAUCUUACCUUGACCAGGUGAAAAUACGAUUUGGGAAUGACCCAGGAAUAUACAACAAAUUUUUGGACAUCAUGAAGGAAUUCAAAUCGCAAAGCAUUGAUACACCGGGGGUAAUAAAUCGCGUGUCCCAGCUCUUCCACGGUCACCCUGACCUCGUAUUGGGUUUCAAUGCCUUUCUACCCCCAGGGUACCGGAUAGAGGUCCCCAAAAAUGGGGUGGUGUCCCUCCAGUCGCCCCUCUCCGGCCAGGCAUCCCCGGGCCCAGGGAGGGCGGUGGCGGUCGGUGUGGCCGGGGGGGUCUCAGCAUCUUCCCCGGCCGAGGAUGGCUGCGCUCACGGAGAAACCGCCGCCUCUCUUUACGCCAGCCCCUCGUCCUCCAGCCCCCUGGACCCCCCUAGCCGGCUCUCCUUGGCCCUACCCGGCCGGGAGGGCCAGUCCCAUCCCCCGUCUUCCUCCUCGUCCUCCCCGCCAGGCUCUGAGCCCAGCCCGGUGGAGUUUGACAGCGCCAUUAGUUACGUGAACAAGAUCAAAAACCGUUUCCUGGACCAUCCAGAAAUCUACAGAUCCUUCUUGGAGAUACUACACACCUACCAAAAAGAGCAGCUGGAAGUGAAGGAGGCGCGGGGCCGUGGUGGUAUGACGGAGGACGAGGUCUUCUCCAAGGUGGCCAGCCUCUUCAAGGGACAGGAAGACCUGCUGGCUGAGUUCGGACAGUUCUUGCCAGACGCCAAGAGAUCACUAUUCACUGGCAGCUCACUAACAGGCAAGGAUCACUUGAAGAAGAUGGAGGAUGAGGAGUUAUCCAAGCAGAGCAAGAAGAGGUCCAGACCCAUGUUGCUGUCCCACAUGACUCCACUACUAAAGAAAAAGAUGAAGUUGUCUUGUUCUAAGGACCAAUCAUUUGCUGCUGUUGGAAAGCAUGGAGUUCUGCGGGAAUUCACGUUCUUUGACAAGGUCCGGCGCUUGUUCAAGAGCCAGGAAGUGUAUGAGAACUUCUUGCGCUGCAUUGCACUGUUCAAUCAGGAGGUGGUGUCUGGGGCGGAGCUUCUGCAGCUGGUCACGCCGUUUUUGGGGAAGUUCCCGGAGCUCUACACUCAGUUCAAGUCAUUCCUGGGAGAGAAGGAGCUGUCUCACUCACUGUCAGGGCUCUCGGACCGCUAUAUGGAAAGUGGCGGCAGGGAGAUUGACUACGCCUCCUGCAAGCGUCUGGGCUCCAGCUACAGGGCCCUGCCCAAGACUUACCAGCAGCCGAAGUGCAGCGGACGCACGGCCAUCUGCAAGGAGGUGCUGAACGACACGUGGGUGUCCUUCCCGUCGUGGUCGGAGGACUCCACCUUCGUCAGCUCCAAGAAGACACCGUACGAAGAGCAGCUCCAUCGCUGCGAAGACGAGCGAUUCGAGUUGGACGUGGUCCUGGAGACCAACCUGGCCACCAUCCGGGUCCUGGAGAGUGUGCAAAAAAAGCUGUCGCGCCUGUCCCCCGAGGACCAGGACCGCUUCCGCCUUGACGAUUGUCUGGGCGGCACUUCUGAGGUCAUCCAACGGCGUGCCAUCUAUCGCAUCUACGGCGACAAGGCACCCGAGGUCAUCGAGGGCCUGAAGAGGAGCCCCCUCACCGCUGUGCCCGUGGUGCUCAAGAGACUGAAGGCGAAGGAAGAAGAAUGGCGGGAGGCCCAGCAGGGCUUCAACAAAAUCUGGCGUGAGCAGUACGAGAAGGCCUACCUCAAAUCCCUCGACCACCAGGGUGUCAACUUCAAGCAGAAUGACAUCAAGGCUUUGCGGUCCAAGAGUCUGCUCAACGAGAUCGAGAGUGUCUACGAUGAGCGGCAGGAGCAAAGCACAGAGGAAGGAGGAGGCGGGCAGCAGCAGGGGCGGGACAGGGGUGGCGGCAGCACCAGCAGCGAGCCUCACAUGAUCUUCGUGUAUGAGGACAAGCAGAUCCUAGAGGACGCUGCCUCCCUGAUCAUCUACCACGUCAAGCGGCAGCCCACCAUCCACAAGGAUGACAAGGACCACAUCAAGCGCAUCAUGCAGCACUUUGUGCCCGACCUCUUCUUCGCCCGCCGUGGCGAGCUGAGUGAGACGGAGGAGUGGACGGAUGAGGAGGCGGACACCGAGGAGGGUGGGGGCGGAGCCCCUGGAGGGGUGGGCACUGGGGCCGGACCCCAGCUCAAUGGGGACUCUCGAAGGCGACGUUGCACCUCGCCGCAUGGCACCGAGCCCGGUCCAGCCGUCCCGACUGCCAGUAGUGGCGAGAAGUUGGACUUGUGUGAUCCGGAGGCGGAGCACCAGAAAGAGCUAGACGACGUCUACAACCUGUUCUUUGUCAACAACAACUGGUACUUCUUCCUGCGGCUGCACCAGACGCUGUGCUCGCGGUUGCUCCGCGUGUACCGACAGGCCGAACGGCAGCUGCUGGAGCGCCGUGCCGAGAAGGAGCGUGAGAGGCUGCUGCUGGCCGACGGCCGGCGGGACAAGGCCACCGACCUUGCCAUGGAGCUGCGCCUCAAACAACCUAGUGAGGUGGAGCUCGAGGAGUAUUACCCCGCCUUCCUGGACAUGGUGCGCAGCCUGCUGGACGGAAACCUGGACUCGACACAGUACGAGGACACGCUGCGCGAGAUGUUCACCAUCCAUGCCUACAUCGGCUUCACCAUUGACAAGCUCAUCCAGAACAUCAUCAGACAGCUGCAGCACCUCGUCAGCGACGAGGUAUGCCUGCAGGUAGUGGAGCUGUACCUUGCUGAGCGUAAGAGGGGUGCCGCCGGGGGCAACCUCUCCUCGCAGUGCGUGCGGGCUGCGUGGGAGACCAGCUACCAGUGGAAGGCCGAGCGGGUCAUGGCUGACGAAAACUGCUUCAAGGUUAUGUUCAUUCAAAGCAAAGGUCAGGUGACCUUGACGGUUGAGCUUCUGGACACCGAGGAGGCCCAGGGUGACGAUCCGCUGGAUGUGCAGUACCUGUCCAAUUACAUGGAGCAGUUUGUCGGGUCUGAGUCGGUGUGCACUCAGAUGGAAGGAUACUGCUUCAAACCGGUCUUCCUGCCCAGGAACCUGCGCCGCUUCCGGCGCUGGCAGCUGCGGCAGAUGGAGGCCAUGCGCUCUCGCCGCGAGUGGCGCCGCCAGCUGGGCGUGGAGAGUGCCGGCAGCCUGGAUUGCCGCUUUAAGCUGCACACGCACAAGAUGGUGUUCGUCAUGAACUCGGAGGACUACAUGUACCGGCGCGGUGCCCUCGUCAAAGCCCGCAAGUUGCAGCACAGCGUGGCUCGUUCUCAACAUGGCAGGUUCGACAAGUGGCACCAGGGCUGGUUGUUGGAGCACGUGACACCGGCGGAGGAGCGCGGCGUCGCCGACUGGCUAAUGGGCGACGACGAGGAGGACAUGAUCCCCUGUAAGACCAGCUGCAUCACCCGCCAGGUCAAUGGUUUACCCGUCAACCGGUACCAGGUGUCCUACAGCAGCAAGCCUCCUGCCUCCCCUUAACCCUCCCCCACGUGCUACGAGGGUGUGGUGGGGGGCGGGGAAGGACUAACCGGGCCCAGCUUGACCGGCAGUGCCUGACUGUGUGCCAUGCAAACUCUCUGACAAACACACACACCUACACACACAUUCAGAAGGACACGCGUUCAGCAGCUCAUUUGCCACUUUAACAGCCACCUCACAAGUGGUGCGACACAAGGGGAGACCCAUCUUGCCGGUCGCUGGAGGAUUGGGGUACGUGAGACUCUUUAAGCAUCGUUUUAGCUUCGGGAGGCUGGGUGUGCGCUGUUUAUAUUUGUAUAUGUUUAUACUGGGAGGUGUGGUCCAUGAAAGCAUACAGACUGAGCUUUGUACAGUAUACUAAUGCAGACAUAAAUAUAUGUAAACAUACAUAUAUAUACAAUAUAUACACAAAAGAACAUGAUUCUCUACUGAGCCAUUUUCCUGGCAGCCAGUUGCAUCCAUUAUUUCAGUUGUUUUGUUUUGUCUUUUUUUUUUUUUCUUGUAGCUAAAUUAAUCUUCAGACUGCUUGUGUCCAACUCUGUGUCUCCAGAUUAGUUUUUAUGCCGGUAAAAUGUAUAUCAAUGAUUUUGGCCUGUUCUGCUCAGAUGCUGGUGUAACUUUACACAUUAAACUUGAAAAAAAAAAACAAGUCAGUGUUGGAAAAGAAUGUAAAACAUUUCCUUAUCAUGUAGGAGUCGUCAUGAAAUAAACAUCUGUAAACUUCUUAA